CUUCGCUGGUGGGGGUCCACAUACAGGUACAUGUAUGCAUAGUAGAUGUACAUUGAUGUACAUGCACAAGUACUGUAUCUUGCUUGUUAGUUAUUCCAUGGUUGAGUUUGCUUUGUUCGCAGACUAUUGAUGGAUGAGAUGAAAUUGGGAGGGGGUUCAUUAUGCGUGUGUGAAAUUCAACACUUUCAAGACUGCUGAGUCAAGGACACCGUUGGGAACAACUUGCCAGUUUAUUGUUGACUGAUUUCGACUGACGUUGACUCACAUUACUUCCAAUGUGAAAAUGGUCAGUAGGCUGACUGCUGUCGUGGGAUUGUUUUUUGUGCGCUCAAAAGAAAGCUUUCACUGUUGCCAGAGUUUUCUGAUCUGCAUUUGGAUAUUUUAUAAAUUUGGGGUCCGAUAAGUGACAUUUUUUGUCGGUGCUACAUGCAUCUGUGUAAUUUGAUUAGGGAAUGUACAUGUAUCAUUGAAAUUGACAAACUACAUUGUAUUUUUAUUUAUGUGACUGGUAAUGUGCAUUAGUUAAUCACUCUUGGAUAAAAAAGAAUGUGCUCUAAACUUACAAAAUCAUAUAACAGGUGUAACAGUGACAGGAAAAAUUAGACCCCAAAUUUAUAGAAAGACCCAUUUCUAUUUUUUCUGUGGAAACAGACUUCGGAGAGUUUUUUAAGUUCAUAGUUUGUGUGACAUGUACAUGUAUGUAUAGGUUCAUGUACAUGUCCGUGUACCGGUAUAUACAGCCCGCAGACAGGUGCACAUUUAUGUCUGUGUGCAGAUUUCCUAGGCCUACAAACUGAAAGUUAAUUGCUCAAUUAUUCAACAACCUGAACUUAAAUUUCACUUUUUUCACUGAACUUCUAGAAAGGCAAAUUGUACAUGUACAUCAUGCCACUAAGUUACUGUGAUACAUGUAUGUGAAUUGUCGUGCCAACAUCUGUUGGUUGGACGGGCUACCGGUACAUGUACAUGUACAUACUCAGUGAAGUGCUCAGAAAGUUCAUUGCACAUUCAGACGCCUGUGGCUACAGUAGCACUGUGAUGUGUUCUGCGGUGUUUUUGCAGGUUACCGAUAUGUUUGAGUGAGCAUAUACAGUGGCACAGUUUCGGCUAGCCCAUCAGCCACGUCAUGUCCUGAAUUACUGUAUCAAUGGUGUGCUCAUCCAUGCAUCAAGCGCCACGCACAUGUUCACAGUUUCCUUUCACUGUAUAUAUGCAUUCAAAAACUGUACCUACCGAGCAAGGACACGCGGUACCGGUACAAAAGGCAAUAAAGAGAGACCCAGAUUGUUUCAUGGCAACAUUUACUUUUGCUGUGAAUGUGGGUGGAUAAGAAGCUGUUCAAUUUCCAGGAAGACAAAAUUGGAAUUUAUCUUCAGUACACACGGUACAUGACUCUUUCAUUGGAAAUUAUUUGUACACUUGAGCUUAGAUUUACAUCAGGAAUAUAGGUGUAUGAGUAAACAGCAUUGACAUUCAGGGUUUUCUGAAGGAAUUGAUGGUAGUUGACUGUUUGGCUGAGCUGAGGGCUGGCGUGUAUAAAUCCAGAAAGGUACCGUACCAGUACAGUACAUGUAUGCAGGCACAGAUGUAUUUUGUUUUGUCAUCAGUCUUAGUCACUUGUAACAUCAAGAAAAGAGGAGUUAUCUUUGUGUGCUGCGAAUUUUUUCCGUAUUUUCAAUUGAAGAUGUAAACUUUACCCAUAAUACAAAAUCAGAUUUAGAAGCUUCUGAAUUUUUUAAACAAGGACAACCAUUCUUUUUCCAUAUCCUAAAGUUGUAUUCACUGGAAUGUAAACAGCCAGCAUACCGUUCUGUAUCAAGUGACUCUUAUGCACGAUUGCAUAGGCCCAUUCUUUGAGGCUCGCGCAUAGGGCUUAUCCCUCGUGAGCGCUCGUGCAUGGAGACACAAAAGAAAAGCCAGUGUUGAAGGAGUGGUUGGGGGGAAAAAAACGCUUCAAAGGCUUCGCUGUUGUAAGCAUUGGACACAUUCCAGCCUGGACAGAAAGAUUGUUGGGCCCAUUCAGAAAGCAAGGGGACCCGGGAUCAGAAAGGAUUAGACUGUGUAACGUGUGUCAUUUGUGGAUUGGGAUCGCUAGAGGUGCAUUCGGAUUUUAGUACUCCGUUCUCCAGUUUAUGUGCACAUGUAUUUCUAACUGAUGUACGGUAGACCACUGGAUAAAUAGUGAUGGUGCAUGGGUACUUGUGGUCAACUGAAGAGCUCAUUCAAGUCUGAGAACCGCAACGCAAGCAACAACAAUCUGGUUGAGGAUUCUACAACAAAACGGUGCAGCUGCUGUCCCUAUGGCUACCACAUAGAUCUAGACUUCCUUAAUUACUGCCAGGAUAUCUCCUCAGGAGCCAACCUGCAGAAAAUAAAGAAGGUCAAAAGGUCGCGACCCAGGCAUGAGGCUGUCAAGAGUAUCAAACCUCCUCCACCAAUAGUCCCACCUAGAUCAGUGUCCGUCGCACAGCACAAGAAGUGGAAGCAGCAACGCGAGAAGCUUGAAGCUGACAAAAUCUUGGAGAAGGAGAAUGCUGCGUUCGUGGCUACCUACAGCCAGUUUGCCAAUCUGAUCCGCCGGCGGUACAUGAGUGAAGGGCUGGACUUCCCUGAUGACACAGAUGGCCGGGACCACAUACCCAUGGACACUCAGAGCCUUCCGGCAUUUCCACUAGACGUGAGUCUGAGUGAUGUGGAAACAGAGAGCGUGUCGUCCUGUAGCAAUAUCCCACCAGCAACAGACAGGCGGCGGAGCCACCCCACAGAGCACCCACUGGAUGACCAAGACAUGAGUCGCGACAACUACCUAGGCAUCCCGCAUCACCUCCUUGCCACCAACCUCCUCAGGAUGUCCUCUCAGAGUGGAUCCAACAGUUCCAUUUCUUCCACAUCCUCAACAAACUUCUCCCACUCCUCUGCCAGCGCUCAGAAUGCUUACGGGCAGGGGGCAGCACCAUCGCCACUGCUGGGCCAGGCCUUUUUUUCAGGUCUGGAUGGCUCGCAGGCGUCAGGUCGAUCCACCCCAUCUUCAAUCAGCACCACAGCACUUGCAGGAGUGCGACAGCAGAUGGCGGCCGCCCUCGCCCGCCUGAAGCAACUAGAGGAGCAGGUGAAGGCCAUCCCUGUUCUCCAGGUGAAAAUCUCAGUCCUGAAAGAAGAGAAGCGACUUCUGAUGCUGCAGCUGAGGGCAAAGAACAAAAAACCAGACUCCAGAUCAGUCGCAGUUGGCGAUGGGCUCGUUGAAUGCAAUAAGGUUACUUCAAAUGGAUUUGAGACUGAGAUGGGAAGUUCAGAGGACUUUAACACUGAUGAUCUCGGUAUCAAUCAACCUCAGAUUUCAGCAGUCAGUGCCUUGCAGAGACUUGGAAAAUCUAAACCAGACCCUGGUGCCAAGAAAGCAAUCGUAAACCCUGUCCAAAGAUACCCAGUUGCAACUAGAUCAGUGGGAAUCGACGCUAAUUUUGUCAUUUCAGAGACAAAAUCAGUUGGGAUAAAUGUGACCUCUGAGAGCAGCUCAGACAGCCUCGAAACCUCACGCCAUGCAAACGGCUGGAACGGCCAGCCAAUGCAAGACAGGGUCAUGUCAGAGACAAGUAUCCAAGUCGGCAGUGUUCCCCAAGUUCAAUCGACACCAGCUCCUCUUAGAGACCAUGAAAGCUAUGACAAUGUGCAAGGAAAAGCCACAGCUCAGGAACAGUACAAACGUGCAAUGAUGUCCCCUCGUGUCAACAGCCUGCCCAAUUUAAGCUUUUCUCCUCCACCAGUAGCCCCGAAGCCCAGAGCUCGGACUAUCGGAGUGAACACUGACACAAAAGAGUCCCGUGAAAAAUCAACUAUGGUGCUGCCUCAAACAAAAAGCCAGCAGACAAGCACCAUUUAUGUGACGCAAGUGGAGCAGGGCGUAGCUACAGAGAGAAACGUUACAAAUCAAGGAGUUGGAACCGAUAAGGCAGUGCUUUUUGAGCGCACAACUAACACUGAUAAAGUGAUCAGUAAGGACCAGUCUACCUCUAUUGAGCCUGUGGUCUCUUAUUGCAGGGAUCGCGGCUGCAACACCGACAUCAUUCAAAUGCGGAUUUCGGCAACCAACACGGGGCCCUUGAUGCUUAAGAAACCAAGCCAGAGUAUCGCAAGCAAUACUGAUGCUGUCGAGUUUGCUUCACAAAAAACAGUGAAGGAUUCGGGAACUAACCCUGAGUUCUUGCCAGUCUGCUCGCAGUCAACUAAUACAGAGGGCAUGGAAAGGGUUGAUUUUGGAACCGGGACGCACAUUAUGGUGCAGGAUUCGAGCACCUCCACUCCGUCCCCACAACUGAGAGAGCAGGGAGUAGGUGUGGACCUACAGCUGCAAGUGCAAACCAUGGACCACUUCACAUUAACUGAGAGUGUUGCUGUAAACGACUGCACGACAAAUACAGACAAGACCGAGAUGACAAGUCAAGGAGUCAGUUGCAUUACAGAGACCCUCGACAGUUUCACAUCCACUGUACCUAGCGAAGUCAGCGACGGGUCUACCAACACAGACAAAGUUGCGCAGUCGCACCGAGGUGUGAACUGCCUACCGCAUACGACGGAGAGUUACACAACCACUGUGACUGCUGAGGUCAGUGAUGGCACAACCAACACAGAAAGGCUGGACACGUUGAGCAGAGGUGUGGAUUGCAUUGUGGAAACGUGUGAAAAAUCAGUGGAUGCCUUGGACCUUUCAGUGGAUUCAGGGGAACAGUCAGUUAGGUGUGUCCCUGAAGAGAUUGUGGUUCAAUCAGUCAACAAUAAUCUCAUGGCAGCAAUGCCGACAUUAAAACUCGAGACUGCUGAUAAAUCACUGACAGCAAUGAUAACAGCAGAAACAGCUGAGUGUGGUACAGAAAUGACAGUCACACAGCUUGUUGAUCAUGGAACUGUGUAUGAGCCAUCCGCAUUCACAAGUGAAUGCGGAACAGUCACAGACCAUCUCGGACUGGACAUGGGAAUGAACACUGACCGGCAGGAAUUGACGAGCAUCGGAUGCAACACCCCAACCCCACCAACAGUCAGUGAUGCAGGAGUCGAGGUCAAUCUCAUGGAAAAGAUUGUGCAACCCAAAGUCAGCUCUGUGUCUACCAGCAUUGAUUUGGAUGACAUUUCCGUCUCAGUCGGUGUCGGCAGCUGCUCUGUCUACGAUUCCAUCUGUGACCACUGCACCAAUCUGGUCACAAGCAGUGUUGCCGUUGGACCCACAGAUUCUACCCUCCUGACGAGAACAAUUGGCACAAAUUACAGCGUGAUGACGAAAACCAUCGGUGUCGGACACAGCCAAGUUGUAGAUCCCUCGGCCAGUUCUGACAAAGCAGUGGGCGACCAUGACAUCCGCGAGCCGAUGUGCAACAUCUGUGACCGGCCCCCGAUGAAAACGGUCAGCACUGAGAAGACCGGUCCAGAGACAUGCGACCAUGCAGUGGGGGAUGCAGUGGUUACCAGCCAAGUAACAGCAGGAGUGGGCGAUUGCACAGUAACAGAUCGCAUUUGCGAACACUGUGACAAUAUGACCGUGUCAUCUGUGGGUGUGGGGAACUCUGAAAUUAGCCUAUACACCAAAACGCAAGAGGUCCAAGUCGACGGUGCCAGAUUCAUCCCCAUUGAACCCCCCCUUACCCAUUUGACUACCAAACCAAGUCAGGCUCAGCCCCACCAGCGUAGCUCAUCGGAAAUCCAAGACAUCCUGGCAUCGAGAGCUGAAGAGGCUCACUCAGUGUUCCUCCCCCAGGUGCGCUCACCCUACCAGGGAUCGACCUCCUCCUCAGAAGAAGUCUCAGAGCUGAUGAUACAGAGGGAGUUUGUGGACUCAGAGAAGUCACCGCCGACUGACGGUCUGCAGGCUGUGCCUUCAAGUGUCAACUCGAGGGAGGCAGGAAACAACAAUUUGCCCAAGAUGGAUUAUACCCGAGCAUCAGGGAAAUUUGAGGAAUGGCACAGACAAGAAGAUCACAUGACUUCUUCUGUAGCAACAGCCACCCAUGCACUGAGGGAGCAGACCAUCUAUCCAGCCAGUAUCACGACAACAAAGACCAGCCAAUCGACUUCAACUGUCCGGCUGAGAACAGAGACGGGAAUGACUCAUGGGCUAGACUUUGAGGAUGACGAUGACUUCAUGACGGAGGGUUUUGCCAAUUUGCACGCCUUACUGGCAGGGGCCAGCCCACAGUCCAGAGAGGGGUCUACGAUGGUGGAUGAUUCCAUUCGGGAGAGGGAAGACCAGCACGGACAAGAGGGGAAAGACCCAUCACUGAGGCAUCGUGUUGUGAGUUCUAGUGAGGACUCGUCUGACUCAGAAUCGGACACCAGCACAGAGAGCUCAGAGUCAGCGACAACAUCCACCUCAGUGGAGGGUGGCUCAUACGAUGGACAAGUGGUCAAGCUGAUUAAGAAGAGACAGGAGAAGAAGAGGAAAAAGAACAGCACUGGACAGGCGAAAUCGCUGGAUAGACCAAGGUACACCUUGAGUGCUGACGUGACCAAAGCGUGCAACACGCUGGGCAAACUCCUUGAGAUGUCUGGCGAUAGUAACGCCAAGGACAUGUCUACUUGCAUGGCAACCGUCGCCAAGGAGUGGUUCCGGGUGACAAGCCAGAAGACAUCAGACCCCCUCCAAGUGGAGGACUUGCUAGCCUCCCUCGCUGAAAUGGGCAAGGCCGUUCUGGAGAAAAUUGUCAACACAGCCGAUGCUAAUGGUAACACAGCAUUGCACUAUGCCAUCUCCCAUGGCAACUUCAACAUCGUGGACCUCCUCCUGGAGUCACAGGUCUGUGACGUGGACCGGGCCAACCGCGCCGGCUACACAGCCAUCAUGUUGGCCUCCCUGGCCUCCAUGCAGAGCCAGAAACAGCAGCAGACCCUGGCCAAGCUGUUCCAGCUGGGCAGUGUCAACAUCCGGGCCACCCAGGCUGGUCAAACAGCAUUGAUGCUGGCUGUAAGUCACGGGAGACUGGAUAUGGUCAAGCUACUCCUUGAUUCAGGCGCGGAUGUGAACAUUCAAGAUGAGGACGGAUCAACAGCUCUGAUGUGUGCCAGUGAACAUGGGCACCAGGAGAUCGUCAAGUGCCUUCUGGCCCAUCCGCAAUGUGACCCUACACUCCUGGAUAAUGAUGGCAGCAGUGCCUUCUCAAUUGCCAUGGAGGCCGGCCACAAGAACAUCGGCGUUCUCCUGUACGCUCAGCUUAACUUUGCCAAGCAGUCCGGAAGCCCUAAACGGAGAGCUCAAAGUGCAUCCCCAAGAUUCCCAACCUAUACCUAUAGCUUUAUAAACCUGUCACAAACUGCCAUUUCCCCGGGGCCAGUGUCACCAAGUCCGUCGCCUAGUCCAUCACUCUCCAGCCUCUCCCCUUGUCCAUCCCCGUCUCUGUCGACUGCCAGUUCCCUAAGUGAUCUCAGCCACCAGUCAGGGGCCUCCCAAGCUUCCACCCGCAGCCGUUCGGUCAGCCCCAACUCCCGCAUCCCUAAGUUCCGCCACUUCCCCCAGACGAGGCCCUCACAGCUCAGCACCUCCUCCUCGGCGCUGCACCGGAGCAGCGCAUCUGCAUCCGACAAGAGCCCCUCCCCAAGGGGGAGCUUGUCCUCUCUGCGUUCAUCGGGCCGGGGCAGCAAGAUCAAGAGCCCCAGUGCUGGUCUGCGAGGUACCAGUGCAACAGCUGGGUCGCAGAGAACGUCCAGCAUCGGAAACAAACAACAGGCCAGUCCUACUAAAAAAGUUGGCGCUUUGAAGACGGCCAAAUCGCUGGACAAAUUUUCAACCAUGUGAAGAAGAGAUUUCCAUAUCCAUAUUUUGAAAUCUUACUGGUAUUUUUAAUUUGUACACCCUAACAUAUAUAUGCAGAAUGCAUUUUUUGACGGUGAAGAAUUCAGCAUGUCUAGUUUUGAAAGUUUCCAAUGAUGGAAUACAGAACAACUUUUAAUUUCUCAAACAAGCAACAACUUUCUGUGCCUUGUCGAUGAUUUAGGAACUGCCCCAACAUGAACACAAUGGAGGAGCCUGUAUUUUCAUAAAUUCUCCUUUUUGUGUACACCAUUUUCAAAUUACAUCUAGUUGGGACUUGAAUUUAGUAGAUAACUGAACACACGUAUAUGCCCAAUUCGAAAUCAAUAAACUGGUCUUCCAUGUCUCAUAGUCUCUUUCUGAUUGCAUAUUUUCACUUGGCGCAAUGUUUUGUACUAAAUUCAAAAGGGACUUUUUUGAAGACUGGUGUCUCGUCUUUG